CCUCACUGUGACGCACAUUCACCAACAGUGACAACAUUCUCCAAUGAAUGAAACAAAUUAAAAAUUGAAUUUCGGAUAAAAUUGUUCACGAGAUCUAGGUAAAAUAUAUUUUUAAAUUAUUUACAUGUUUCGAAAAGUACUGGUUUGGAUCAGUUUAUAGUUUCAUAUAUUUUAUAUAAUUUUUAUUGAUCUAUUGAUGGCAUUUUGACACACGUGGUGAGUGGACCAAUAAUACAGCCGAUAAUUUUCACAGUGGAGAAGUUCAUUGUUGUCUCAUUUCAUUCAUUGCAAUUUAUAACAAUUUGAGAGGUUCAUAAUUCCCCCUGCUUCCCUGGACCAUGACAGAAGUAUACAGGGAAGGCGGCUUCAAUGUGUGUGUGGAAAACGGAAUGAUAAAUAUCAGCCAAGAAUUUGACGACGAAGAAGAAGAUGAAGAAAACUACAGAGAAGUUGUAGUCAUUGAUGAUGAUGAUGAUGAAGAAGAAGUAGAAGAACAAAAAGAAGAAGAAGUAGAAGAAGACGAUAAAGAAGAAGAAGGAGGAGGAGUAGAAGAGAAUGGAGAAGGACAUGAAGAAAGUGAAGACGAUGCUGUAGGAGAUGAAGAAGUAGAAGAAGGAGUAGAAGUAGAGAAUGUGGAAGGACAAAAAGAAAGUGAAGACGUUGUUGUCAAUGUUGUAGGAGAAGAAGAACAUGGUGGAGAAGACGAAUUUGAUGAUGAUGAUGAUGAUGAUCAAUCAUCAGUAGAGGAACUGUCGGUGAGUUUUAAGGAAUUUUAA